AAAAGCUAAACCCCACAAAACAGUUUCAUCUCCUCUCUUCAAUGGCUUCCAUUCCUCAUUUCUAUUCUGAUUAUCAAUUUUCUCCAGAUAAGUUUUCAGAGAUUUCAUCUGUAAUGGCUCAAGAUCAUGGAUAUGCUAGAACUGGUUCAUUUUCUAGCACAAACAUGUCAAGCGGUGCAAUUUCUAGUCCUGGUGGUGGUGCAAUGUUAGGAGAUCACCAAGAUUAUAGCUUUCCAACAUUUUAUGAUCAUGAAAAUGGCUGUGCACUUGAUAUUUUUCAAGGGGAGUCUGAGAUCAUGUCGCCGAUUCCGGCUACGAAAUCAUUGCCUGAAAGAUUUGGGAUUUCGGAUAUGGUUGUGCCCACAUUGAUGGAUUAUAAAAUGGGGUCUAGUUGUGGCAUCGCCAAAAUUCAGAGUUUUGGUGGCGGAUUUCAGUUAUCGGAUGUGUGUGAAUAUGGGGAGGAUUGUUGUGGUAUUUUGCCAAAAUUUACGCCUGUGACGUGUCCUGCUGCUGAAGAAAAUUGGAGGCUUGAAUACAAUCGAAUAACAGCAAAAGAAAACACCAACAUGGUCAAGGUUGGUCGUUACACGGUAGAAGAGAGGAAAGAUAGAAUUCUAAGGUAUUUGAAGAAGAGAAACCAAAGGAACUUUAACAAGACCAUCAAGUAUGCUUGCCGAAAAACCCUAGCUGACCGGAGAGUUCGCGUUCGUGGGAGAUUUGCUAAGAACAAUGAAAUAUUUGAAGAGGAAACUGAGGUUAAGAAGAAUGAUGAUAAUAUUCCUCUUCACCAUCAUGAAAAAGAUACAUAUUGCACUAGUGAUGCAGUUCAGAUCAAGAAUGACGAUGAUGAUGAAGAACAAUGGCUGCAAGAGGCUUUGGCAAGUCUUAUGUUUGUACCGUAUAUUGCUGCUGGAUAAUUUGCGUCUAAUUGGACAAACUGAUGUAGGAAUGUUGGGAAAUAUAUGAGUAGCAUAUGUUUUUACUUGUAAAAGCACUUUCUAACCAGCUAGUGUUGGAUUUGUUAUAACAUAACAUCGCUUUCA